UUCACAAUACUGGUGGAUCUCAUCACACAGUCGCGGAAAUAGUCCGUCACGAAGGCUACGGGGCAGACGAAUCAGGGUUUAUGAUUAAUGACAUAGCUUUGAUCCGGGUUAAUGAAGUUUUUCAAUUCGAUGAAACGAGACAACCGAUCCCACUUUUCAACCCCGAUGAGGAAGCGAUACCCGGAUCUAUUUCCGUUAUAACUAGUUGGGGAAAUACCUUGUCGGAGUAUCUAGACAAUUUACAAACUGUCGACGUGCCAAUUAUAGCAAAAGCACAGUGCAAUGAAAAUUAUGCUAGCUUCGGAGGGAUUCCUGAGAAUGUAAUUUGUGCGGCUUAUCCGGAGGGUGGUAAGGACGCCUGUCAAGGAGAUUCUGGUGGACCUCUCGCUAUCGAAGGACGCCUUGCCGGACUUACGUCCUGGGGGAUCGGGUGUGCUCUUCCAAAUUAUCCCGGAGUUUAUACAGAGGUUGCGGCUUUCCGAUCUUGGAUUAAGCAAAAGACUGUAAUUUAA